AUGGCCUUUUCCAAACUCCCGGACUGAGUGGGCAGCCUGGGCAGGUUCCAGGUUCUCCAGAUGGUGGUCCUGGUGGUCCCCAUCAUGUGGCUCACCACUCAGAAUAUGCUGGAGAAUUCCUCGGCCGCCAUGCCCAGCCACUGUGGACAACGGACACUGGACAACAGCACUGCCCAGGCCAGUGUCCCCGGGGCCCUGGACCCUGAGGCCCUCCUGGCCGUCUCCAUCCUACCGGGCCCCAACCAGGAGCCCCACCAGUGUCUCCGCUUCCGCCAACCGUGGCAGCUCCUGGACCCCAAAGCCACGGCCACCAACUGGAGCGAGGCUGCCACGGAGCCACGCGUGGACGGCUGGGUCUAUGACCGCAGCACCUCCACCAUCGUGGCCAAGGUGAACCUGAUGUGCGACUCCGAGGCCCGGAAGCCCACGGCCCAGUCCAUCUACCUGGCCGGGAUGCUGGUGGGAGCUGCUGCGUGCUGCCAAGCCUCUGACAGGUUUGCGCUCAGGCUGGUGCUGACCUGGAGCUACUUUCCGAUGGCCGUCUGGGGCACGGCAGCCGCCUUCCCCCCCACCUUCCCCGUGUACUGCCUCUUCCGCUUCCUGGUGGCCUUCGCCGUGGCGGGCGUCAUGAUGAACACCGGCACUCUCCUGAUGGAGUGGGUAUCGGCACAAGCCCGUGCCUUGGCAAUGACCUUGAAAGCCCUGGGCUUCAGCUUCGGCCAGGUCCUGAUGGCCGCAGUGGCCCACGGUGUGCGCGGCUGGGCGCUGCUGCGGCUGACGGUCUCUGCCCCCUUCUUCCUCUGCUUCGUGUACUCCUGGUGGCUGGCAGGGUCAGCACGAUGGCUCCUCCUUACGGGCAGGCUGGAGAGGGGCCUGCGGGAGCGACAGAGGGCGGCUGCCAUCAACGGGAGAGGGCAGCUGAUGCCCGCGCCCCGCCCCUGCCAGCUCCAGGUCUUGCUCUCAGCCACGCAGGAGGAGCUGAGUGUGGGCCAGGCUCCUGCCAGCCUGGGCACCCUGCUCCGCACGCCUGGACUGGGCCUCUGGACCUGUGUCUCCACCCUGUGCUGGUUUGCCUUUGGUUUCACCUUCUGCGACCCGGCCCUGGACCUGCAGGCCCUAGGCAGCAACAUCUUCCUGCUCCACGUCCUCAUCGGGGAUGUUGACAUCCCAGCCAAGACAGGCACCCUGCUGUUGCUGAGCCGCCUGGACCACCGGCCCACACAGGCAGCAUCCCUGGUGCUGGUGGGGUUCUGAAUCCUGGCCGACAUGCUGGUGCCCCACGAGGUGGGGGCCCUGUGUUCAGCCCUGGCCGUACUGGGGCUUGGUGGGGGGGGAGGCGCCUUCACCUGCAUCACCAUCUACACUGGCGAGAUCUUCCCCACUGUGCUCAGGAUGACCGCAGUGGGCCUGGGCCAGAUGGCAGCCCGAGGGGGAGCCUUCCUGAGGCCUCUGGUCCGGCUGCGGGGUGUACACGGUGCCUCCCUACCCCUGCUGCUGUACGGGGCGGCGCCAGUGCUGGGCGGCCUGGCCGCACGGCUGCUGCCCGAGACCCAGAGCCUGCCACUGCGCGACACUACCCAGCAUGUGUGGAGCCAGGCAGUAAAGAAGGCAACACACAGCACCCAGGGGCGUCCUGUUCUGAAAUCCACACGAUUUUAGGCCUCCUGGGAAGGAUGGCAUGGGAUGGGAUGGGAGGCUCUUCUCUGCGGAAGGAGAGCAAAGGCCUCGAUUUCCGGAGGGCCGGGGGGCUGCCCCUCCAGCCAAGCCAAGCCUCUCACUACCUGAAGAGCCGCCUUAAACACAGAAGGGGCAAAGGAUGGUGUGAUUGGCAGGACGCUGCCCGGUACACCAUCACCCGACCCUCUCUCAAGGCUGCCGAGAGAGAAAGGAGCAGGGGCCGGCCCGACCCUGUGCUUCCUCACCGCUCAUGCCCCUGAGCUCGGAGGCUGACCGUCAGCCGUGCCCUAAACCUCCCCAGCUUCUCACUCCACACUGAGGGCUCUGCACAAGCACCUCAGCUUCGCCAGAGAGACGGCCCCUCCCCAUCGCCCUCGCUACCCCAGCCACGCGGCCAGGUCUUCUGCCUGGAGCGCUUCUGCCACCUUCUCUACCUGAUAAAUCCCCCGCCUCAGCCUCCCAGACCCAGGGCAUUGGCCUUGUUCUGGGGCCCAGAGCCCAACCCAAGUCUCCAGUGAAAUUCUUACCAUGGCUGCGGCCACACGCCUGUCCCCCACCCCUCCGGCCUGUGAGUCCCCAGAGGGUUGGGGUGG